UAUCAUCUGCCCUUCUGGAGCGAAUUCACUGUACUUCACCUAUCUUACCUGCCAAAUUGUGAGACUCCUGUUUUCCUAUUCACUCAUCAGUAAACAUCAUACAUCACCAGAAUGCCUCUGCAGUUUGAACUCUGUCCCGGGAGAAUGAUCGGGGACUCCCAUCCAUGCUUCAUCAUAGCUGAAAUUGGACAAAACCACCAGGGAGACAUUGAAAUUGCCAAGAAAAUGAUCAAGAUGGCAAAGGACUGUGGUGCUGAUUGUGCCAAAUUCCAGAAAAGUGAAUUAGAGUGCAAAUUCAGCAAGAAAGCUUUGGAGCGCCUGUACACAUCAAAGCAUUCCUGGGGCAAAACCUAUGGCGAGCACAAGCGUCACCUGGAGUUCAGCCAUGAUCAAUACAGGGAACUGAAAAAGUAUGCAACGGAGAUUGGUAUCUUCCUCACCGCCUCUGGAAUGGAUGAGAUGGCUGUUGAGUUCCUCCAUGAGCUGGAUGUGCCUUUCUUCAAAGUGGCCUCCUGCGAUGCUAACAACUUUCCCUAUUUGGAGUCAACUGCAAAAAAAGGACGUCCCAUGGUGGUGUCCAGUGGGAUGCAGUCCAUGGAAACGAUGCGCGAGGUCUACAAAACAGUGAAGAAGUACAACCAGAACUUUACUAUCCUGCAGUGCACAAGCGCCUAUCCUUUGGACCCUAAAGACGUCAACCUAAGUGUGAUCAGGGAAUACCAGAAGGAAUUCCCAGACAUUCCCAUUGGAUAUUCGGGACAUGAGCAGGGACUCUACAUCACUGUGGCCGCUGUGGCGAUGGGAGCAAAGGUCGUGGAACGUCAUGUGACCUUGGACAAGACCUGGAAGGGAAAUGAUCACGAGGCAUCCCUGGAGCCCUCAGAGCUGUCAGAGCUGGUCCGAGCCAUCCGACUGCUGGAGAUGGCGAUGGGAUCUCCUGUUAAGCAGAUGUUACCCUGUGAGAAGAACUGCCAUGAUAAGUUGGGCAAGUCGGUGGUGGCUAAGGGGGCCAUCCCCAAAGGCACGGUGCUGAGCCUGGACAUGUUUGCAGUGAAGGUUGGCGAGCCAAAGGGCAUCUCUCCAGAGACCAUGAAUCAGCUGGUGGGCAAGAAGAUCAAAGUGGACGUGGAGGAUGAUGACAGCAUCUUGGCAGACAUGAUAGAAUAAAGGAUCCUCCACAAAGGUUGGGAGAGAGAGGCACAUAGACAGACAGACAGACAGACAGACAGACAGACAGACAGACAGACAGACAGACAGACAGACAGGGAAAUAGAACAAGAGAGAGGGAAACAGGUAGAAGAUGGACAGAGAUAAACGGUGUUGCAGUGUGUGAACAGAAAGAGAUACAGUACAGAGAACAAAGAGAGGAACAGAGGAUUAGGUCUGUGUGUUUUAGUGGAAAGGACUUUUCCAAAUUACUUAAGACAAAAUAAAACAAUUAAAAACCUAACAAACAACACCACAUACUUCAUUAAACAGACCCUAACGACCAACACACAAAACUGCGUAUACGUCAUAAGGUGUAAACACUGCGACAUUUCAUACGUAGGAGAAACAGACAACACAAUUACAUCUAGACUGGCACAACACAUAUCUAACAUUAAAAACCACAAA